AACUAUCUGUUGGGUGAUUGAGGCUGAGGUGGAACGGCGAAAUGCUGGUUGUGCCGAUGCUGUGACUGGUCAUCGCAAUCAUCUUCAGGUCAUCUGGUGAGAUUACCUCUGUGGUUGGGGGCAGCAUGAACGAGCCACAGGGCACACAGCCCCAGCAGCCAGCACAACAACCUGUAUCACCAGGUCCACAGCCCGGGGUGGUGCAGGGAUCGGGACAAACUCAGUGGGUUCCGAAGACGGCCAUCGUCGCUCCCAAACCUUUUACAGGGGACAAGAGAGGCGAAGACCUUGACACUUGGUUGAGGGCAGUGUCGGUCUACGUCAGGUGUAAACUCACCUUGCCGCACGAAGAAGUGCUUGUGGCUGCAUCCUACCUAGAGGGUAGUGCAGCAAGAUGGUUGAGUGGUUUCGUACAACUCCAGGGGCGUGGUCAUGACUUCCGCUCUUGGGCAGUCUCUCAGAAGCUGGAGGACUUCCUGAAGAUGGUGGAAGAGAGAUGGCAUGAUCCUCAGGAGGCCCAAAAGGCCACUGAUGCGAUCCUGACACUGCACACGCGGCAGUUUAAGUCAGCUAGGGAAGCCACAGACGUUGUUGAGCGUUUAAUCUGUGUCCCAGGUGUGCGCUAUGACCCUCAGGUCCUGUUGACUUCGUACUUGAGAUGCUUAUCCCAGCCUCUCAGGAACCAGUUGGCAAAAGAGGCCAACAUCAAUAUGCACAACUUUCCUUCGUUCAGCAAGGUGGCCCUAGACCUAGAAGCAAAGAUAGGGCAUGGACAGACACCCACUACGAACGGGAGGAAGAAGACACUGCCUCCCAACUGGAAAGCGAAGGGUCGCAUCAUGUUUGUCGACAACGAUGGUUCAACCAUCGAGUUGGACGGYAMCUUCCAGGAGGGAGUAGGUGCAGAGGCGGGUGGCGAAACUUUAGAGGGGGGAGUAGUCGCCGCCGUAACUCAACAAAAAGGCGAGCCGGUGAAAAUGCCGUCGGAGAUAGAGGGAGUAGUUGCCAAGUACCCUGAUCUAUUUGAAGAGCCGACAGGGGUUGUCGAGAGGGAGGUCGUCCACGCGAUAGAAAUUAUCCCAGGAUCUAGUAUUCCGAAGGGUAGGAUCUAUCGGAAGUCUCCAGGCGAGCUUGAUGAGCUUCGCCGCCAACUCAAGGAACUCGUAGAGAAGGGUUGGAUCCGGCCGAGUGUCUCUCCUUAUGGGUCUCCAGUGUUAUUUGUACGGUCUGUGGUGAUGCCUUUUAGCCUGUGCAAUGCUCCUGGCACCUUUCAGCACGAUAUGAAUCGGAUAUUCCAUGACUACUUGGAUAAGUUUGUCAUCGUGUACCUCGAUGACAUACUUAUUUUUAGUAAGACUGUCGAGGAGCACGUUGCACACUUGGACAAAGUYCUUCGUCUCCUGCGACAGCACAAGUUCAAGAUCAACGGUGAGAAGUGUGAGUUUGGGCGCACCCGUGUCKUGUACUUGGGUCAUGAGAUCUCCGCGGAAGGGUUGAAGCCCGAUGACGCGAAGGUGGCCAGCAUUCGUGAUUGGCCACGACCUCAGUUUGUGACUGAGAUGAGAUCUUUCUUAGGAAUGACAGGCUACUACCGGACUUUUGUAAGAAACUAUAGCGUAGUGGCCGCUCCUUUGACUGAUCUGACCCACCUUGACACCCCGUGGGACUGGACAGAUGAGUGCGAGGCUGCUUUCAGACAGUUGAAGCAUGCAUUGACGCACUACGAGGUCUUGAAACUUCCUGACCCUGACAAGCCGUUUAUAGUCACCACGGAUGCCAGCCAAUAUGGCAUUGGCGCCGUGCUUGCGCAGCAGGAGGGACCAAAGUUGAGGCCAGUCGAGUACAUGUCAAAGAAGAUGCCGUCUCAGAAGUUGGCAAAGUCCACCUAUGAGAAGGAACUCUACGCUGUUUACAAAGCUCUAACCCAUUGGAGACACUAUCUCCUCGGGAGAGUUGUUUUCCUUUUGAGUUUUAUGGGCCAGGUCGGAGAAGAUUCAGCAGCUGGAGCAAAGAGGGGGAAAGGUGGUCUUGCAUUACGUAUUGAGCAUAUAUGAGGAGAUUUAUCUUUUUAAUGAGAGAAUGAAGGUGGCACCCAACA